AUGGCUGGAAGGAAUGAUUGUGCGAUUGCUGAUGCUCUAGGAGCGAUGACUCAGAGGAACAAUCUGCCUACUUUCAAGGGAAAGUACGAUCCUGAAGGUUCCCAGACUUGGCUUCUGGAGAUUGAGAAGUUUUCCAGAGUUAUGGCAUGCACUGAUGAGCAUAAGGUGCUUUUCGGGACACACAUAAUGUCUGGGGAGGCUGUGUAUUGGGGGGAGAAUACUUGCCAAAGGUUGGAAGCUGCAGGUACAAUGUUUACUUGGGUGAAUUUCAAAAUUGAGUUUCUGGAGAAGUAUUUUCCAGGUGAUGUUUGCAGUCGGAAAGAGAUUGAGCUAUUGGAGCUGAAGCAAGGAAAUAUGGAUGUAGUUGAUUAUUAG